CAAGGCGUACUUUAUCGUAAUGCAUUGUGGGAGGACAUUUGUUGUGGUUGUUUGUACUACCGUUCCACACUGACGCUAUUGAUGAUACUUCAUUAAUUUUUUUCCGUUGUGGUUGGUAAUAAACCGUCAACAAAUAUGAGUCACCUAGAAUUUGGAUCCGUGGUUUGGGUUCGUUUGGGACAAGCUUGGUGGCCGGGGACAAUCACCACUCUAGAAAAUUGCCCCCCAGAUUUUGUAGAAGGAUUAAGAAAAACUCCAGUUGCAGUAGUCAAAUUUUUUCGCGAAAAUGAAUUUCAAGAUGUCCACAAAGAAGAACACAUCUACCCAUAUUCUUGUGACAGAAAAGAAGAAUUUAUCAGGAGAGGACAAUAUAUAAACAAGAAUCAGUCUCAUGGUGAGGUAGAUCUCUUAAGGAAGUUUGAAUCUGAUGUAGUUACAGCAGAGAAGCUGACUGGUGGUGAUAUGAACAUCCUACAGACCAUUGGUGAAGUUGUGGACGCCCCUACGAAUUCCUGCAUCUUUGAGCCGGAUUUAUCAUCUGAUCCCCAUAGUACACAUAUAGAAAGACCCCAGGGGUGUUUGCCGGGAGAGGUAGUCAUUGGGGAACCUGAGGGUCCUACUUCCUUUGAUUCUGGCAAGAUGAGAAGCCCCCAUAGUAAUAACACCCAGCUGGUAGAUGUUGGUAAGCAGGAGGCAAGUGAUGACAGUGACUGUUACAUAGAGGAUGAUUAUGAUCAAGUCCCUCCUACUUUACCAAGGGAAAUGCAGAGCUUAGAUGUUCUUAAAGUAUCCAGCCACAUAGCAGAUUCUCAUAAGCAUAGCCAAUCUCAGUUGUGUGAAGUUAGAAGUCAGGUUGUCCGUGUAGAUGAACAGACUGUUUCUGGUAGGAGUGACUGUUACAAGGAAGUUGUACAGACAAUUAGCACAAGUAAGUCUCAUGAUAUGCAUCUUCCAAGUUCAGCUCAGUAUGGACCACCCAAAGUUGUACCUCACAUACCCAAGGAAACAAACUUAGAAUUAGGUGUUGGAGAUAGGCAUUUCACAAAAGCUUCAAGUGACAGGGAUCCUCAGCUUUCUGAAUCAAGAAAGAUGGUUGUAGGUGUUGUAUCACAGUCUCCAGAAAUUGUCAAAGUAGGUAGUGAAUCAAAGUCCCCUGAGAUUGUUGAGGAGGAAUCGGAAGAAGUUAUGGAAGACAAAAAGACAUCCCAACCACAACAUUCUGAAGUAGCACAAAAUCAGUCUCUGCAGAGAAGCAUGACAACUGAAAGGGUAGUAUCUCAAUCUUCAAUGUUUUUGGAAGAUGUAGAAGAAAGUAAGCAAGAGGCGUCCGAAAGCUUCACGAUAGUUAGUAGCAAAGUUACAGACUGUGAGGUUUCAAAUGUUUGUAAUGUGUCUGGUUCUAAUCAUGUUAAUAAAAAAAAUGUUGCAGUGGUUCAUGGAGAAGCUGAUCGCAGUCAUAGGGCUGUAGAGGUACCGAAUCUAAGGGAAGUGUCUCAUGCAAGCAAGAUAUCCAAUGAUGGGUAUAUAAACAGAAAUAAUGAAAGUAAUGGCAAAUGUCCGAAACCAGUACAAGAUUCUUUGCUGCUGUCAAACCCCGUACGAAACUCUGAUAAGGUACAGUAUCAGAGUAUUGAUGACAGACAUUCAGGAUCUAUUGCAGAACACAUUUCAGAUGUCAAGCAUGUAAAGGAGAAUGGAAGUAGGUCUGAGCAAGUAUUACCUGUUACAAACAAAGACACUGUAGUUUCAGAAAUAAGGAGAGAGUUACCAGAUCAGUCUGAUUCGGAGCAGUUGGUCUCGAGUAGUGGCAUGGGUGAGGGUGUAGAUGAUAGCCAUCAAAUAAUGGAUGAAAACUGUGACAGUUCGGCUAGCAAUAAGGUGGGGUUGGGCACAAGUCACGAAGGGGAAAGUGAUCAUGAGGUAGCUCUAGGUGACAGCUGUAGGGAUGACCCUGAUUUGUCAAAUACCAGAGAGGAAGUUGAGGAAGCAGACUCUUCUUUAUCAGAAUUUGAAAAGAGUUGUGCAAAACUGGAUGCUAGUAUGUCUGAGAAUGAGGCUAUUGAAAGCAAUACAGAAGUUGGGAGGGAGGCAGUAGGUGAAAGUGGUAUGCAACAAAAAAAUGUUCCAAAGAGAAAACGAGAACCAUCUCAGAAGAGAAGCAAGAAAUUGAAAGUUGGCAAAAAACCAGACGACUCAGAAGAACCAGCAGAGGAUAGUGAUGACCUACCUGACUUACUUAAAGAUACCACAUCAGUGGACAACAAAAAAUUAAAGGUUGGUGAUCUUGUUUGGGUCAAGUAUCGGAAAGAUUGGUGGCCUUCAUACAUCAAGAAUGUUUAUCCCCGUGAGAAGAAAUUCUCUAUUGUGUUUGUUGCCUGUGAUCAAAAUUCCGGAAUUAGAGUAUAUUCCAGAAAUGUCAAGAAAUUACACGUAUGGGACGUUCCUUCUUAUGUGAAUGAAAAUCAAGAGGGAUUCUCUUCAGCUCUUCACCUCUGCAAAUUAUUCCAACAGAUAUUAGAGCAAGGCAAUGAAAUAACAGCUCAUGAUUUUUUCAGUCGUUCACCUCAAGCACAAGUAGCCUUGCUGAACCAGAAGAAAAUGUCAAAGAAUAAAGCAAGCUCUGAGCCAAGGAAACAGAAGCCCAAAGUUCAAGCUGUUUGUGAAACACCAAAGAAAUUGUUAUUUGAUGAUCCAGAUUAUGAGUCAGAAAUGUCAGCCAGAGAAAAGACCAAAUUACAGAGCGCUUUGAAGGCACGUAAAGCUGAUAAUCAGAAGCUAGUUAAGUUCAUGAAAUCUCAUCAGUGUAUUGAACAUUUGUGGAAAAUAUAUAAGGAAGAAAUAUCCAAUGAAAGGCACAACAAGUUUAAAGAUGAAGAGUCAAGAAAAAGUCUUCUGUGGAUGGGAAUUGGGCCCUUCCAGUUAGAUGAUGAAGAUGAACAGAUUAUGUCUGUCAUAAAUGCCUUCAAACAAGAGAUUCUUUCCAAAGAUCCACAAGUUUCCAAUGCUAGAGAUUAUGUCAUUCAAGUCUGGAUUCCAGAGGCAAUUAAAGAAGCCUUGCGUGUGGUGAAAAAGGUCCCAGAAAAUGAGCUUGAUGAUGCCUUAUACAAAGGUUACAAGGAAACUGCUAUUGAGAAAAGAGCCCGACAGUUAAGCUUUUGAUGUUGUUAUUGAUGGCAUGUAAUUGGUAAUCAUCUCAUUUCUAGCAUACAUCAUUUAUUUUUUUAUUCAAAUGAGAUUAUGAUAUACUAUAUGCAAUAUUAUAGUACAGUACAGUAUAACAAUGGCUUGCUUCAGCUGUAGAAUACAGUAGUUGUUUUAGACUAAUGUUACUUAGAAUAACUGAAAUAACUGCAGUAAUAUUUGAUGUUAAAUUGAUAAUGUUUACCUUUCAAUCCAGUACAUUUAUGUACUGUACUCUAAUGAUAGACGAGUGUUGUAAUGAUACAAUAUUUUAAGUGCUUCUACAUGGGGGGUUUUUGUAAUUUACAAAAGGCAAGCAGCAUGGGCUGCUUAGUUGUUCAUUUGGCUCAGAGCUCUAUGCAUAAAAAAAAAAUCAAAGAAAUUUUUCAUUCGUAAUUAUUUUCUUGUCACUUUUAUCUUCAUCCCAUAUUGUUUCAUUUGUUUUUGCACAAAUGUGCUUAUGCUACUUUUUCUCUUUUUGUGAGCCACUAAUACUUCAUGAUCAAUCAAAUCUUUUACACAAGGGAAUUAGAAUAUGUAGUGAUGUCACUUUUUCUUAUAAUAUCAUCAGAUUUAUCCAAAUCUCUUGAAUAGUUUUUAAAUUUACAUCUGUAAAGUAAAAGAAGAGUUGUUGCAGUUAGUAUUCUGAAAUAUUAUUUAUUAUUUGGAAUGAAUCUUACCUAAUCUUAAAGUUAGGUUCACAGUUGCCCCUGCUUCUCCAUGGUUAAGCAUUCACAGAUUUUUCUGUGGAAAAUAUAUCCACAUUAUCACGGAAAGUUCUUCUAUUCACAGAUUUUUUUAUAGAACAGUUAGUAAUGUAUUUCCAUAUUUUCAUGACUAGAUGUUUUAGGACGAUAGUUUAAGGUAUAUUCGGUGUUUGAACUAUUUAAAUAGGCCAUUAUAAGCAUUUUAGAGAGGCUAUUUGGUGUUUGAACUAUAUUAAAAUAGGCAGGUACAAGCAUUUAUAGAGGGGGGUUUUCAGUAUUUGCUGGUGGAUGUGGUACCCUUCCCUUGUGAAUAUGGGGGACAACUGUAUUUUAGUACCGUUUGGUGCAAUUGACAUUUUCAUAAAUCAAAAUACACUUGGCUAACCUGCUCAGACGUCUCUGUAGUCAUCUGUUUCCCACUAGAUGGUACUGGAAUAUUUAUAUAUUUGUCAUAUUUCUCCAUGCCGUCCUGUUGUACAGAUGGUCUGAUCAGUGUUCAUAAUAUUAUGAUGAUUUCUGGCUAAUUUUCUCCUGUAUAGUAUUGUGCUUGUUUCAGUUUUUGCUUUAUGUCAUCUACAACAAGCAGAGGUGAAAGCAUUAAGCUUGUAUAGGGAAGAGUUUGUGAAAAUUGAAUGUUUAGGUUUCGCAAGAUGACCUCACAGCCUAUGUUAGACUAGCUGCUCAGGCACGAGUGUGGUAUUCUUGAUAUGUAGAUUUUAAGUGAUCUGAUGAGAGUAUGUCAAUUUUGUUUAGCACUUAUUGGAAGAUGAUAGACUGAUAAUUUGGUUAGACUAAUCUUUUAUCCUAUCUUAUCCUAUCCUACCCGGUGUUGCUUAUCCUCCUCCUCUAACUUAUCUGAUAGCCUAGGUUAAUUCCUUUUUCUCAUUCUGCUCUGCCCUCUUUUGCUCCCUAUAUGGUUCAGGAGAAAAAUAAUAAUAAAUGACAUUGUAUAUUCUUUCUUUAGUUAGGAUUUCAAUCAAAUUGGUAGGGCCAAGAUUAUCACUGCCCCCAGUUUUUCACCUCUUUCGGUUUCCCCCCUGUGAGAGAGAAAGUGUCAGAGCUUGACAUCUGUUUGUAGCUUGCCCUCUGGACUGCCCUGCAUCAGUUGGUUGUCUUCACUUACAGGAAACCAAGGCAUGUCUCAAGACCAAGGUUCUGUGCCCUUUGACAUCUCCCUCUCAACCAUUUUUCCAGUUUAGGUUAGAAUCUGAGCCGCCGAACAACUUACUUAUCCGGAGUGAGUUAGCUGGUGAUAGAACAGCUCCCACUUCUCAGUAUUCACUGUUACAUGAUAACAUCAUGCAAGAGACCUUUUCCCUAUCCUUGCAGAUGACACCACUGUCAUCGAGGUUACUUGGCGACAUCAUGCAGGAACCCUUUGCCUUCUUCACUUGUGCAGGCAGUUCCACCUGUUGAAGGGUUACGAAGUGACAUGCAAGAAUCUUCUUCCUUCUCCACCUCCGGUACUUACUACUGGCUUUCCAUGACAUCUUUGCUGACAUUAUGUGGUCCUCCGUUUAGACUGAAGGGGUAUCAACCGUGAUUUGGUUUAUUUUCCUUUAGUAUUUAAGCGAUGCAUAACUCGCGUUGUUGCAUUUUCACUUCUUGCUGAAGCUGAAUCUGGUGUACUGGUGCUGUUUAGUUUACCUCUACCUCAGCUCCUGUUAAAGCAAAUAAGAAGAUAACUCUGAUUUUGGUAGGGUGCCUCAUGAAAGUAGAGCCCUUGGGAAAUAAAUGAACAAAGAAAAACGGAAACUGUUUAGUGUAUGCUGGCUCUCAGAUGCCACUGCAGCUCCUUCUAGAUUUUAAGGUGAUUAGAGCUGGGUUAGUAUUUUAUACACGUUUUUCACCUUAAUCUGUUUAACUUGCAGUUUCUAGUUCUUGGACCUAGGAAGUGAAGACUUCUCUAAUAGGGAAGGUAACUUGGCAUAAUUAUGAGGUGAAACUACCUUUGAAUGUGGUACAAUUUCGUUCUGAGGGCUACAGCUCUAAUAAAGUGAGAGUAAUAUUUAUAUGUUGCAAUGUUUUUGCUUGCAAUUGUAGAUAUGUAUUUAUAUGUAUAUAUGUAUGUACAUAUAAUGAUGUCCGCUCUGUUUACAUCACCCCAAUUUUGUAUGCUAUGUUAUAAGGCAUAUAGGUAAACCAUCAACAUUAAGCUAAGGAAUCCCAUGUUUACUAUACCUUUGGCUAGGGUAACAUUGGCCUAAAUUCCAUAGGUUAGGUUUUAGGCCUAAAUUCCAUAGGUUAGGUUUUCAUACCUAAAAGUAAAUGCAUACUGUACUGGCCUAAUGGCCAAAUUUUGGGAGAUAGGGGUGGACAUAUCAGUCUGUAACAGAUAAAUAUGAAGAUGAUCAUAGUUAUAUUAGUCCUGAAGAUGAUAGACCUACUUCCAAGGCUAAUGGGAGGAAUGUCUUAUUCCUUUUACAAUUCAGUUGUAAAGUAACAGAAACAGUUUUGUAAAAAUCAUAUAGGUAACCCUGCUCAACCUGUAGUAACUGUUUUUGACAGUGGUCCAUCAUUGUCUCCUUAACCCCUAAGUCUUAAGGCAUUAAGACCAUCGCCUAAGAUGCCUCGUAUAAGGAGUUUAGAAAUUCUUAGCACUACCUUUUAAGUCUUCCCUCUAGGGUCUAGCCCUUACAGCCUUUUUUGCACCAAAGUUCCAUGUAGAAUUUCCCAGUUUACUUUCAAGUUCUUCUUCAGUAGAGUUCUGGCUCCCAUUCUCAGUAGAACUUUUGGUAGUGAUGGUUCUCAGGAAAAAAUACUUUGUACUUUUUUUUUUAUAUAUUUUACCCAUAUCAAUUUCCUAAUAUCCUUCUCUCCACACUUGUCACACAGAAAAGUUCAGAGUUUAGAACUGUAGUUUGGACAUUUGUUAUGCAAUGAGGCCAUCAAGCCAUGGGCAUGUCCUGUCUCAACAAAUUUAUUUAGAUUGCUCCUUUUCCAGUGAGUCAUUUAGUUGGCUCCUGGCAGCUUUCGGAAGAGCAAAGGAUAAGUUCAGUUGACAUGUAGGACACGUACUUCCACUCAUCAGUACUCCCUCAGUUGAAGUAAAGUAUACUCUCGUGAGUGGAAGAUUGAGCAGUGUGGGUUCAUCUGCAUGGGGUAUCAGAGUACUAUAGUUCUCCCUAAUUGGACAACUGGUUCAUUUCCCACCAAUUUGUCUUUUAUGAUGAGAAUUAUGUUUUAAGUCUAGCCGUAGGAGUGGACAUUAUUUUCAAGGUUGACUAUCUUUGCUUUUCUAACCCAGUCCGUUGUGUGUCUGGGGAUGAGGAUCAACUAUCUCUUGUUGAAAGUUUUCUCCAACAGAUAGAAGGAUCAUUUUUUACAACUGUGGAGAAUUAUCUUAUGGGUUGGCUUGUAGACCUUAAGAACCUUGACAUUGCCCUCAGAUGUCUCCAAAGGUGAGUUUGUUAGCUACACCUACUGGACUGCUCAUUAGGACUCACAUGUCACGCCGCACCGCUAACUCAUCAUGGCAAGCUUGAUGGCUGAAGCCUGACCCAGACAAUCUGCCAACGACGAAUCACUAGUAAUCUUUCAGCUGUCAUCCAGUUCUGUUAUACUAAACCUCCAUGGAAUGGAAGCGAGAAGAAAUCCACUGUUUGAUUGAGUAUUAUCAUCAUUAUCCAUGUUUAUGGAAUGUAAAAUUAACAUCAUAUAAAAAUAGAGAUGUACGUGGCUGUCAGGCAAAUAAUGCCACCGGUCACAGCACUCAUGUAGUGUAGAGGGAAUACGCGCUGUGCAGCCUGUUACGUCACCUAGGUGAGCGAGCAUAUGUUGGCAGAGGUGACAUGAAGCGCGCUGUGAAGUAGUGUAAUCUCACCUUAAGGCAGAUUGAGGGGCCAUUCUGAGAAACAUUUGAUGUCAGGAAGUGGAAGCAUAUACAUCCUACAGCUCUUGGUAGUUUAGAAUACAUACUUGAGAUGACAAGGAGACACAAAUCAAGAAUUUUGUUCAGGCUUGCAAAGAAACUACCUUUUCCUUUGGACAGAGUACAGCAACAUCAUUCCAUUUCCUUGUUUUGUCCUUAGAAGAAACCUUAGUACUGAAAACCAACUCAGCAGUAAGGGCAAGGUCUCCAGUCAGAUAGUAUCCUCUGCCACAGGUCUGCCAGAAGUUGUGGAACCUUUAGGGAGACCCAGACACCCAUCUGUUCAUGAUUGCCCAAAACACUACACUACCGGUUACUGGGGCACUCCAUGCCAGGAUCUCAGUCAUGGGCAGUGGAUGCCUUCCUUCUAAAAUGGUCGAAUUUAAACCUUUAGGUUUUUCCUCUGUUGGCUGUUUCUGAGGAAAUACUCACAAGUUGUGAACUUUGCAGAUCACAAGGAUGAUUUUGAUAGAGCAUUCGUGGCCCCAAAAAGAAUGGUUACCUCUAACUUUCUUUAUUGGUGGUAGAUGUUCCUCAUCUUUUUGCGUUCAGGAAGGAUCAUUUCAAACAGUCUUAUUCAAGAAGAUUCCAUCAAACCUCCACAUACUUCAUCUCACCGUGUGGAAAUGGUCAAUUGCUUGUUAUAAGCUAAGAAUAUUUUUAGAAUGACCAAGGAAGCAAUCCUUAAAUCUAGAAGGCCUUCCAAUGUUAGACUUGUAUAUCAAUAACAAUGGUUAGUUUUUUAUCUUGGUACGUGCUUGUCCUGAGUGAUAUCCAGCACCCGUUCCACUAGAUAUCUUGAUUUAAGCUCUCUUUAAGAUACUCAAAGCACUUUUCUGUCAGUGAUCAAGGAUGCCACUUUACAUUGCUUUCAGUUCUGCAUCAUGCUGACUAGAAUAUUGCUCAUGAAUUAAAGUUUAAAGAGGUUUUCAAUCUAUUGUGCUGGGAAUUUCAUCUUCCAAUCGUGUUUUACGAUAAGGCCUCACUUAAGAACUUUGAAGACACUUUUCUUUUAGUCCUUGUUGCUGUAAAGUGUAUAAGUGGGCUUCAAGACUUUUCUUGUAAGGGGGCUUUGUUCUAGUGGCAACCAUUAUCUUUUCUCUCUUUGCAUAGAGAAAAUAUGCACUACAGGAGAAAGCCCUUUCCAGUUUUGUUACAGUGCCUAAUUUAACUGCUUUGUUAGACAAUGAAGAAGUGGUUGCCUUUAUAUCCAGAUUAGACCUAGUUAGAGGUUAAAAUUAAUGAGCUUCAAGUGCUAUCUUAUUCUUUGGCUUAUCUCUAGUGACGGUCUCUCUCUUUUUUCUUUCAUUGUGUAGGGGAAAGACUUAGAAUUUUAUCCCCUUCAUAGAUUUGUGACAAUACCUAAUUUAACUGCUUAGGUAGUAAUGGAAUAAUGGCUGUCUUAUGUCUGAUUAAAACCUUUAAGGGUUUACCUGGACAGUCAUAAAUCUGUAAGAGGAGAGGGUAGAAAUUUAUCCGUGUUAGAAGGCCAAAUAUGUACUCCUGUGUCCAGGAUGGCUAAAGUUUAUGCAGAGUUGAUUUGUGAGUUUUUACCAAUUUUGGAAAUAAUUCUAAUGGCUUCUGUACUGUGAACCUGUCAUUAUUUCCUUUAAAACCUGCUUCUAGAGAAGGUUGUCUUGCAGCUCAGGGGAGUUAUAAAUUUUUCCCUCAUUAUUUGUGAGUGUGCUAUUGUAGCAUGAGGUGUUAGCCUUUAGUCCUUUCAUUGUGGUGGGGACACUUUCUUCUGAAUCUAAUAUAAUUGUAACCUUGCUUUCUAUCUUAUUAUUAGUUGUUAGAAAGCCCACUAUGUAUCGAAUUUUGGGAGCGAAGAUACAACAUUGGGUGUAUAGGAGCAAACCUUCUUUUAUGAUAGUGGUAUUUGUCUGUAGUUUUGGACAGAUGGUCAUGGGCUUUCGACUCAGGCACAGGAGUCACCAGUACUCUACAAAAUAGAUAAUAUUUUUUUCCCUGUAAGGAUUCCCUGACAAGUCUCGCUACAAGGACCUUGCACCCCGGCAACAGUACUCACCAGUAAGGAUCACACAUCAGGCAGGAAUGUUGAGAAACUGUUUCUCCCCUUAAAAAAAGAAAGCUUUUAGUUUGCUUGGCUGAGCACAGUUUCUGUGACUGCACUAACCUACCAUCCUCAUUCAAUGUGGCAGUCAGCUAACUUUAACAGUAGGUAAGAUUCGUUACAAAUAGUGAUUGUAAUUUUCAUGAUAAAAUUAAUUAUUUGGAUACUUAAUAUUAAAGUGGAAAACUAUCCCAACCUCCAAACAUCUUAGUGGGUGGUCAUGAAGAAAUAUGACAAGAAUGUAAACGUUCCAGAACCAUCUGCUGGGAAACAGAUGACUACAGAGACAGUUCAAGCAGUUUACCUAAGCAUAUAUUUUCAUUUUUUUUAAAUGCUGAUUGCACCAAACUGUAUGAAGAUAAAGCUAACAUUAACAGUAGGUAAGUAUCCAAAUAAUUAAUUUUUUGUCAUAAAAAUGUUCAUAGUUAUAUAUUUAUAGGCAGUCCCCAGUUAACGGCAGGGGUUCCGUUCCCGGCCGAGUGUCGAUAACCGAAAAUUGUUGUUAACUGGUACAUCACAAUAAUAUGGUAAUAAAUGGUGUUUAUGGUGCCAUAAGGAUCAAUAAACUGCUUAAUGGCGCUGUUAAACCACUUACCGACACCAGUAAACCAUUUACCGAUGUUGAUAAACCACUAACUGGUGCCGAUAACCUGGUUAACAAUGUCGUUAGCCAAGAAUCGUAAAACCAAAACGCAUUAACCAUGCUGCCGGCAAGCAGGGACUGCUGUAGAAAGUAACUGUAGAACUGUGGCUUUUGCUUAUGUUGUAGCCUACCUAGCUCCAAUAGAGCUGAACUUUACUUCAUCUUUGACUUUUUGUCAUUUUGUUAUGGCCUUUUGAACUGAUAAGAUUUUUUAAGCAAUGAACACAUACAGUAUAUGUUGGGAACUUUUUUUUAUAUAGGAAAGAUGAAUCUACCAUAUUUGAAGCAUAGAGGUAUAUGCUGACUGUAAGAAGGAGCCCCAUGGGUGCUAGCGAAAUACAGUGGUCCCCCCCGUAUUCGCGGGGGAUGCGUACCAAACCCCCACGUGAAUAGUUAUAACCCGCGAAUAGUAGGAACCCCUAUAAAAAUGCUGAAAACAGCCUAUUUUGUUAGUUAAAACUCUAGAAAAACCCACUAAAAAUUUUGAUACAUACUUAGUUUUUUUAAUAGUUUUAUCACAAAAAGUGCAUUUUAUGAUGAAAUUGAUUUUUAAAAAACCAGGAAUUUGUGGAUAUUUCUCUUAGAAAAAUACCGCGAAUAAGCAAAUUUUCUGCAAAUAAUGCGGGGAAAUGUUCCCGAGAGAAAUCCACGAAUGUGUGAGUCCGCGAAUACGGGGGGUCCAUUGUAGAUUUUUUAAUGCAGGAUUCUCUUAAACCACAGGGUACAAACCAAAAAAUAGAUCAGAAUUUGUAAUUGAUCCCAUACAAAUACAAACCUGAAGUUCUGUACACAGAGAUUUACCUUGUGAAUGCGAGUUGGAAUGUCCAUUCAAACUUACUGACAUGGUAGUAAAUUACCAACAGUCAGGAUGAUCCCUGCCUGUUAGUAGUAAACUACCAACAGGCACGGGGAAUCCCUGCCCCCCUGUAGGUCUGCACUUCACUUUGCUUCCAGGUGCCAUCGAGUUAAGACAUCUUUCAUGACUGCUGGACUUUUGCCAUUAAACCUUUGGUUGGUUAAACUUGGAAUAUUCCUUUUCCUUUAUUGGUUUUUGACUGUGUUUGUAUUGCAAUUUUUCAAACCCAUUAGUCAAAUAAACCUUCUUGUGAGGAAUAAAGUUUGUCUUUUCUGUGCCAUCAAGAAUACUGUUUUCAUUGGACAUGUACUAGCUUCUGGUAGUUUCCAAACAGCUGUAUCGUUCUCUGAUAUAUUUGCUAUUAUAUUUAUUUUCCGGUACCAGUAGAUUUAGCUAUAACUUGGAAGUUCCAGACUAUAAUGUUUACUUUAUUUAAGGUAAUCUUGCUAUCACAGCCUUCCCUUGCAUUUUCCAAGUACAGGCAGUCCCCUGUUAAGGAGGGCCAGUUCUGUUCUUGACAGAAUGAUGAUAACCAAAAAUCAGCAACACCAGCACCAAUCCGUAGUUUUUAGCACCGAUACGCUGAGAUCGGCGCAUAUUGAUGCCAGAAUUUUGGUUAGCAUCGUCGCUAGCACCAUAAAACCAGAUUGCCAAUAACUGAGGACUGCCUUAAUGCAAUGUUUUACUUACAGAAUGUUGCCCACUGGCCUUGGACAUGGUUUCUUGGACCAGUGGUGGCUGCUCAUCAGGUUGAUAGUAAGUUCGAGAUAGGUAGCUCCUUGUCUAGGUGUCUAGUUGGCAUGAGACAAGGUAGGAAUGACUGGUUCUCCUCCCUCUCUCUUUUUCUUCCUUCUUCUUUGGUAAACAGAGUCAGAGUGCCAUUCUGUAUACAAGCUGGACAGGCAGGAGUGCAGGUUAGCUAUCUGACUGGGCACGAGACUUUUCAUUGGCAAUGAAGGAAUGCUAGUUCCCCUCCUUUUUGGCAAGGGGGAAUGGGAGGCCAGAUAAUGAAGUAAACUCAUGGAUCAUAUCUAUCAGUUUUAUUUUCUGUGACACUUCAGUAUGGGUUCUUACAGCCUGAUUAAGCAAUGACAUAUAAACCCUUUACUUUAAGGUGUGGAAGUCUGGCAAUUGCUGCAUCCCCUGUGCAUUAUGCUAGAUUGUAGGAUCCAUUCCUCUUCUCCUAAAAAAACUAGGAAGGUAACACCCCAGGUUGGGCAAACCUACCAGUCACUUCUGAGAAUACCCAGGUUCCUCCUACUAAUGGUUAAGUCUCCUAUGUGCAGAAUGAAAGUUUGUACAUGUUUGGGUAGGAACAAACAGCCAAUUUUAAAAGUAAUUUGUAUUUUUCCUAACAAAUAAACCUGAUUUUCUAUACUUACAUUAACCUUCAAGACUGGUGUGAUUAUAUGAGGAACCAACAGGUUUUGGGAGAAUGCCAGGCUAACUCUUAUGAGUAUUAAUAUUGUGUGCCAUUUAGUUUGGAUUAAAUUAGCAGGAAAAAUGUUCUUAUCUCUUCAUUGACUUAUGGUACAUCAAUGUGCCAUGAGAUUUCAUGGGGGGGAGAUAUACUGCCUCUCUGGAGCUCCAGGAUGUCUUUUUAUGUAUUUGCUCAUAAAUAUACCCAAGGAUUGCUGUUGGUAUUUGUUUUUAUCAUAUAAUUGUACUUUUGUACAGUAAAGUGCAAAGAAAUAUUAAAAAACAUGAAGAUACUGAAAAUUUUUAAUUUUUUUCUUACACCAUGUGCAUUUGCAUAUCUUCCUCUUUCCAUUGAUGUGUUUGUUUUCUUAAAUUGCCCAAACUUUAAAGUUUGCCUAGUCUUGGGGUGUGCUUCAUAGUAUAUAUUUAGCCUAUCCUAUAAAGAUUUUACAACCCACUUCAGCCACCCCUUACUCUGGUACCUGGGCUGGAAGGGAAAGUGUAGUGCAGAUUGACAGGUGGGUGGGGGCUUCCCCCUCCCUUGUGGUAGAUUACUGGCUAUUUCAGCUCGCAUUCACAUUUGGAUGUUAGGAAAAAUACAAAUUACUUUUAAAAUGUGCUAUAUGGAUGUUGAUUGUGACUUUAGUAUAUAUACAUAAUUCAUAAGCACGUAGAAUGUUCAGACUUAAAAAUGUAUUGAGUCAGUUAUAAAGAUGUUUGGGGCACUUGACACGUGUGAUGAGUAGUGUCAGACAAACCUUUGCUGUGUAGUUGCAGAUGAAUCUUCAGCUGACAUACAUAUAUCAUUAUGACAUUUUAGCAAUAUCUUGUUAUUUGUAUGCUUUAUAUAUGUGAGCUUGCAUUUUUUUACCAUAUCUUUCACUAUUGGGUUUUUUAAGUUACCUAAGUGAUAGUUAUCUGUUGUCAUUGUUUAUUAAUUGGUUGUUGAUGCAUAAUUCUUUUAGCUGGAAUGAGAAUAAUUCAGCUUUUCCAUUUUUGUGUGAAAUGUAUAUUAAUUUUAACAAAUUCCCUAUCCUAAGCUUGGUUUUGACUGAUAGAUAUAGUAAAUGCUUCUAAUUAAUAUAUCAAAUUAAAUUUCAGUCGGUGUAGAAUAUAAGGAAUAGAGAACUGGUCAUUUGCCUUUAUACAAGUGCUAAUUGUUGGAUCGUUUUAAAUUAAUAUGAAUGAGCACAAUUCUCUUAGUCAUAGACCCCUUUGAUACUUCAAUGUUAUGCUGUAGAAUAUCUACCAUUAUGCAGUUUGUCAUUCCUUCUGAUGAUGUUGCUGUUGUUUUAUAGGCAGUCUUCACAACAAAUUACUUUGACAAUUUAUAUUUAUAAUGUACAAAUAAAGAUAAUAGAUUCAUUUUAUAUGGUGUUUUAAAAUGAAAUAGAUUAAUUUAGGUAGUAUUUGUUAUGCAAUUAUUCUGUUAAGCAGUUACAUAUACUAGUAUUGAGACUGUACUAUCAUAUUGACAAUUGAUUUUUUCAAUAUUUAUCUAUGUAUAAGUAACAAAGUUCAAAAAUUAUAUGUUGACAUACAAUGUAGACAAAACAUAAAUAUAAACUGAACAUUAUGGAAUAAUUAAAGCUUUUUUUGUACAUGUGAAUUGUAAGUCAUUACUUGUUACGGAAAGCACCUAUCUCAUUUGACACAGAUCUUAUUUUUGCCUAGUCAUAUUCUGGAUAGAGAUUCUUAAGACUUUUUUUGGCAGCAAUAAGGUUUGUGCUCAUUAUUCAUCUUUCUCAUUUACCACCAACUUUGUUUUAUUUUAUGUAUGUUGACAUUUGUAUACGUAAGUUGUUUUGGAGAAAUAUUUCAGUUCUCUGUGAAAAUGAGUGUUGGGUAAUGUUUUGAUUGAAAUUUUGAUCUUAAUAGUAUUGUUAUUAAGAUCAAAAUUUCAAUCAAAACAUUACCUAACACUCAUUUUUCACAGAGAACUGAAAUGCCGUUCUAAGUUUUCUUAGUUGUGCAUAGAUACUUUUGAAAAAGAGCUAUUAAAGUGAUUUCUUUG